AAGAGCUGCGGGGUCCUCCGAACUGCCGAAGUCCCCAGCGCCUGUGAACAUUCGCUGCGUCCGCUCCCUAGACGCGGCCCCAAGCGCGGGGUGGGUGGAGGCGGAGUUGGCUCCUGAGCCCUGCCUGUGAUAGUCCGCCGGGAUGAACCUGGAGUUGUUAGAGUCCUUUGGACAGAACUACCCAGAGGAAGCUGAUGGAACUUUGGACUGCAUCAGUAUGGCCCUGACCUGCACCUUUAACAGAUGGGGCACGCUGCUUGCUGUUGGCUGUAAUGAUGGUCGAAUUGUCAUCUGGGAUUUCUUGACAAGAGGCAUUGCUAAAAUAAUUAGUGCCCACAUCCAUCCUGUCUGUUCCUUAUGCUGGAGUCGAGAUGGUCACAAGCUUGUGAGUGCAUCAACUGAUAACAUUGUGUCACAGUGGGAUGUCUUAUCUGGGGACUGUGAUCAGAGGUUUCGAUUCCCUUCACCUAUCCUGAAAGUCCAGUAUCAUCCCCGAGAUCAGAACAAAGUUCUUGUAUGUCCCAUGAAAUCAGCUCCUGUUAUGUUGACCCUUUCUGAUUCCAAACAUGUUGUCUUGCCAGUAGAUGAUGAUUCUGAUCUGAAUGUGGUUGCAUCUUUCGACAGACGAGGGGAAUAUAUCUAUACAGGGAAUGCAAAAGGGAAGAUCUUGGUCCUAAAAACAGACACCCAGGAUCUAGUUGCUUCUUUCAGAGUAACAACCGGGACCAGCAAUACCACAGCUAUAAAAUCAAUAGAGUUUGCUCGGAAGGGAAGUUGCUUUUUAAUAAAUACAGCAGAUCGAAUAAUUCGAGUGUAUGAUGGCAGGGAAAUUUUAACCUGUGGCAGAGAUGGAGAACCAGAACCCAUGCAGAAACUGCAGGAUUUGGUAAACAGGACACCUUGGAAGAAAUGCUGUUUCUCUGGAGAUGAAUACAUAGUUGCAGGCUCUGCCCGACAGCAUGCCCUAUAUAUCUGGGAGAAGAGUAUUGGUAACUUGGUAAAGAUUCUUCAUGGGACCAGAGGAGAGCUUCUGUUGGAUGUAGCUUGGCAUCCUGUCAGACCCAUAAUAGCAUCCAUUUCUAGUGGAGUAGUAUCCAUCUGGGCACAAAAUCAAGUGGAAAACUGGAGUGCGUAUUGCACCAGACUUUAAAGAGCUGGACGAAAUGUGGAGUAUGAGGAAAGGGAGUCAGUUGACAUUGAGGAUGAAGAUAAGAGUGAGCCGGAACAAACAGGUGCUGAUGCUGCAGAAGAUGAAGAAGUAGAUGUCACUAGUGUAGAUCCUAUAGCUGCCUUUUGUAGCAGUGAUGAGGAGCUGGAAGAUUCAAAGGCUUUGUUAUACUUACCCAUUGCCCCUGAGGUAGAAGACCCAGAGGAAAAUCCUUAUGGGCCCCCACCUGAUGCUGUCCAAACUUCAUUGAUGGAAGAAGGAGCUGGUUCAGAGAAGAAGAGACAGUCCUCAGCAGAUGGACCCCAGCCACCAAAGAAGAAAACCAAAACAACCAACAUUGAACUUCAAGGAGUACCUAAUGAUGAAGUCCAUCCGCUACUGGGGGUGAAGGGGGAUGGCAAAUCGAAGAAGAAGCAAGCAGGCCGGCCGAAAGGAUCAAAAGCAGGGGGAGCAAUCUCAGAGCUCUUAUGAAGACGACAUUGGGAGUUCUCCAUUCUUUGCCCACUCUGUGGUCAUGCAGCCUCGGACAUUGCACUCGGACAGAUGAGACUGACUUUGAUUUAAAACCAAGUUCUCCGCCUCUUUCAGCAGGUGGAAGGAGUGAUGCUUAUUUUUGAAUGAAGUGAAUUAUGAAAGCAGAGUGACCCUCCCCAGCCCUUCCUCCCUCUCAAAGCAUAACUCCAAAUAGACUCAGGAAAAGAGGACUUGCAAAGAUGUGAACGGGACUCCUGGCUCAUUUAGAUGGAAUGCUUCUCUGCUUAGUUAUGCUGCGGGAACAACGCCUACGUUUCCUUUGUAUGACCUUUCUUAACUAAACAUCAUUUUGAUGUGCCCUUUCCCCUCUCCUGUUCCCUCUCAUCCCUUAGCGCAUGUCCUCAAGUGAAUUGUUCUUCUGCGUAACUUUUCCUCUCCCUGCUGUUGUCUCAUAGAAAAGGAUCUGUUGCAUACUUUCUCUCCUUUGUCUCCUAACCCACUCAGCAUGUAAAGGCCUGUGUUCCAUGUUAGAGCAUUCUUUUUAAGAACAGGCAAGAAAACGAAGUGCUUCUAAUCUGAAAAGCUCAGGAAAAUGUAGAGCCAUGAGAAAGGGAAGACAUAGAUAAGAAACCCAAUUUGACUGUCAUAGAACCUUUUCCCCAAGAAGUUGGGAUGUAAAAUGUUCUCUUCUAAAAAACUUUUUGUUUUUUCCAUUUUAGCCCUCAGCAUCGAUUUAAUCUCUCCAAAUCAUGUUUCUGAAGACAGGUAGUUUCACCUGUCCCGGGCAAAGUAGCGCAUGAGGGAUUUUUUUUUUUUUUGGCCGUCAUGUGUACAUAGCACUAUUAGAGAAGAAACCAAACAGAGGUGUCUCUGAGCCUUCUUUUAUGAAAAAGUAGCUAUGCAAGGUCUAAAAUGGAGCUUUCCAAAAUCAGAUGCAGCAAUGUAGUUCAAAUCAAAGUUCAAAGUGAAAUUUUUUUCAUCACUGUCCAUGGAUUUGCCCUUCCCUUAAAAAAACAUCAGUGUUGCCCCUGCCUGUGUCUGUGUUGGUGAGCAGUUUCAGUUUCCUAUCUACAGUUCCUCUAUUAACAUUUUCUUUUGGUCACUUCAUUUCUGUGAAAGGCUUCUCAGUUGUCUCGGCUUCUUCACCACCAUUCAUUGAACAAGAGUGGCACAUUAAAUAUGUGUGCACAUGAGAAACCUUUGGAUUUCUGAAGACUGCCCAGAGUUCUUUCCACUUCCAUUUCUGGUCCUUUGUGAACCCAUGUACAUCAUCUUGCCUGUUCUGUUUAUGUCUUGUCACUUAUUGUCUCAAAAGUUCAUUUUAGGAAAGCAAAAUGUGGAAUGAGGAUCCAUAGCCCUGGGUGUAGCAUUCAUCUAGAUAUAUCUAUUUUAAUUUGAAGUUAGUAUUUUCUGUUAACUUCUUGAGGAAAGCUUUAGAACUGUUUGCACUAUAGCAUGAGGAGGAACCCACCUGAGCCUGUAGAUGAUCCAAGAAAGAGAUAAACCUGGUUAUUUGAUAGGAUGUUUGAGGGACAGUAGGAGAAACAAAAAAAGUCUGAAAGAGCCUUCCUUCCCAUUUCACUUGUUCAUGUAAGAGAAAGGUCCAUUUUUCAAGGUAUGUGACAAAAAAUCCAUGUUCUUUGAUGUAACUAUUCUUUCCAGAAACUCUUGUUACCCAGACUACUUUUAUAUGAGUUACUCGGUAGUAGAGGUAAUUGUGUGGACUACUGGACACGUUUCUGUUUUACAUCAUUAGGAACACUGUCAUUUCUUUGGAUUGUAUUCUGUAUUAGUCUGCCAGUUCACAUAAAUGCUUUUCCACCCUGUCACCAUCUACCUUGUAAUUUGAAUUUCCUUGCCUGGGUACUUGGGUAUUGAGGUAUUUCCCUAUCCAAAUCUGAGAGUACCAAUCUAAGCUCCUUUAAGUUGGCCCUUGACAACAUCUUCAGGAUUUGUUUUUGUGACUCAAAUGUUUCCUUCCAUUCUUCACACUUGCUGUCCGUUUCAUUUGUCUGUUUUCAUGUCUGUUUCAUUUGACUGCUUCUCCAUUUGUAUAGUAUAUGUAUAUUUUUCCCUCCUUUCAUCUCCCCAUAUGUGUGUGUGUUUUCCCUCUCGUCACUUUUUUUUAAGGUUUUAAAUGCUCUGUAGUUUUGUAAAAGAUGAAAAUUGGUCACUUGAAUAGUUCUUGCUAAAGUGAUUGAUGCUUUGUAAAUAAAGACAAUUGUUUUACUUAAAGAACAGUUGUUCAUAGUUGUUUACAAACAGCAGUUGCUCCUCAGUGUGUCUGCCAUUUUGUUUUGCUGUACAGAAGACAUGGGCCUCGGUUUAUGAAGGGAUGUUGAAAUUAUAGGUCUGGAAGGUAACAUAGUUCAUUCUCCUACCUCUGAACUUCAGUUUUCCAAAACAAAUCAUCUUUUUCAGUCCUAAAGGUCUCCUGGUUUGGACAUCUUAUCCUUAUCUAAAUAUAAAGUAUCAAUUUGAAGAUAAACUUGGGUCUCUUCCUGCCACUACUGUCACCUUUCUUUCAAUUAAAUAAGCUAUAUAAACUAAACAACUCAUCACAUCUGAAUAGGAUGCUUCAUUUAAAAUAAAAAAGCCCACAUUUUGUAAAUACCUCAAGGCUUCUCCAAACUGAAUGUUCACUUUAAAAUGUUCCUCUUUAACCUUUCCCAUUACUGUGACUCUGAGAAUCCUUCUGUGACAUCAUAACUGUUUCACAGCAACCUUGUCAUAAGCAUACCCCGUCCACUGCUGUUCAAGGACUAAAGCAAAGCAGCAAAAAGUCUGGGCGAAUUAAGUUUCCUUUCAAAUAGAAAAUAACUUCAUUACUUUUGGGAUAUAAAAGUACAGAGAAAGGAAAAUGGUAAUUACAUUAAAUAUCCUUGUUUUGCUGAUAAACAUUGAUUCUUAAAUGGUAUUUCAGCCUCUGUCUCCACCAAUUUUUACUUUUAUUUCUAGUAGCCUCACUGUAGCCUUGAGCAAACUGCAUCUCUCUGGGCCUCUGCAAAAAAGAAGGGAUUGGCUUAUAAAAUCUUGGUUAAGGGCCUGUAUUCCUAAUAAAUUUAUCGAAUCCUUUCCCACUUGAGAUUUGAUCCUCAACAACCUUGUUAGGCAGGCAGAGCAAAUGGUAUUUUUUUAAACUUGAGAAAACAGACUGAUGGAUUUAAGUGACUUGCCUAAUGUUUCAUAGCUUGUUAGUAGAGCCACAUGUACAACCUAGGUAGUCUGACUAUUCCAGUAUUCAAUACAAGAGAAUUUUAGGAUCUUUUUAAUUUUAAGGCACAUUAGUGUUUCUUGCAAAUUUAAGGAGUAAUAAUUGUUUUGGGGCAGCUAAUUGGGUACCUAGAAACUGUUAUUUAUAGAUCCUGUUCAGAGUUCCAGGAGUAGUGGGAAAGUACACUGCCCUUUUUUUUUUUU